CUAUUACUGUAGUUAGUCAUUGGAGUGCCUUGGGGCAUUGCAGUUAUACUAACGUUGGUCUCUCUAGUUUUCAGGUGUUUACAAAAAGGCACUGACACACUGCAGCCAUAUAAACAGAAAACACUACUAACAUACCGGUUAGCUACUCAGUGUCGUCAAACUGAACUUCACAUAGAGUAGCCUACGUUAGCUUCGCUCUUCCAGAAUGACAGUCAAAUUGUACUCAGGCAUGUAAGGGACAUCCUUUUUCCGGUUAGAAUCAUUGGGUCCUAACAGCGCGGAGCUUGGAAUUAACGGUAGUGCGUUUGCCGAAGUAAUCGCCGACAUGUCUGGAAGAGACGGUGGGAAGAAGAAACCUUUAAAACAACCUAAGAAGCAGUCAAAGGAUAUGGAUGAUGAUGAGGUAGCCUUCAAACAGAAACAGAAGGAAGAACAGAAACAGCUGGAGGCAAUGAAGGCGAAGGCUGCUGGGAAAGGUCCCCUAACUGGUGGAGGAAUCAAGAAGUCUGGGAAAAAGUGAGAUAACAUCACCGACAGACUGCAGCUGCGUUCUGUCUGAAGCUCUGCUCAUAAUCCCUCAAGAUGCGCUCUGUACUUCCCUGUGUCCGUUGUAAAAAAAAAAAAAAUUUAAAAUUUAAAAAAAAUGGAAUGGAGAAGUUACCUUUCAACUGUUCUUUUUGGUUGUCAUUGUAAUGAGAAAACCUGGAAAUAAAGUUUUGUAACUACUG